GACCAUGGUCCAGCCAUGGGCUCUAGUCCCAGUAGACAGGAAAAGAAGUCGUCAUUUCCGGGGGCCUUCACCUGGGCUUGGUGGCUCUCUUCUCUGAUUGGGCGGAAGUGGCCUGGGCAGGCUUGUGACCUACUACAGAGGAGGAGCUGUACCCCAACCAGUGUCUUCCUACCUACUUGCUCCCCAGAGUGCUGCCUGCUGUGCACCUGGGUCCUGAGGCCCUUCUCCACCCGGGCAGAUUCCUUGGCCCACCUCUCCCCCACCCCACUCUGUGCCAAAGAAGCGCAGAAGCUCAAGCCGCCUCCAUGGCCCCAGGAAAGAUUCAGGGGAGAGGCCCCAUACAGGGAGCCACUUCAGUUAGACAUCCUGGCCAGAAUGGAGCUGACUGAUUUGCUCCUGGUGGCCAUGCUUCUUGCGGUGGCAAGACUAACUCUGUCCAGCCCCGUUCCUCCUGCCUGUGACCCCAGACUCCUAAAUAAACUGCUGCGUGACUCCCACCUCCUUCACAGCCGACUGAGUCAGUGUCCUCACAUCGACCCUUUGUCUAUCCCUGUUCUGCUGCCUGCUGUGGACUUUAGCCUGGGAGAAUGGAAAACCCAGACGGAACAGAGCAAGGCACAGGACAUUCUAGGGGCAGUGUCCCUUCUACUGGAGGGAGUGAUGGCAGCACGAGGACAGUUGGAACCCUCCUGCCUCUCAUCCCUCCUGGGACAGCUUUCUGGGCAGGUUCGCCUCCUCUUGGGGGCCCUGCAGGGCCUCCUAGGAACCCAGCUUCCUCUACAGGGCAGGACCACAGCUCACAAGGACCCCAAUGCCCUCUUCUUGAGCUUGCAACAGCUGCUGCGGGGAAAGGUGCGCUUCCUGCUUUUGGUAGAAGGUCCCACCCUCUGUGUCAGACGGACCCUGCCAACCACAGCUGUCCCAAGCCGUACUUCUCAACUCCUCACACUAAACAAGUUCCCAAACAGGACUUCUGGAUUGUUGGAGACGAACUUCAGUGUCACAGCCAGAACUACUGGCCCUGGAUUUCUGAGCAGGCUUCAAGGGUUCAGAGUCAAGAUUAUUCCUGGUCAGCUAAAUCAAACUUCCAGGUCCCCAGACCAAAUCUCUGGAUACCUGAACAGGACAUACGGACCUGUGAAUGCAACUCAUGGGCUCUUUGCUGGAACCUCUCUUCAGACCCUGGAAGCCUCAGACAUCUCGCCCGGAGCUUUCAACAAAGGCUCCCUGGCAUUCAACCUCCAGGGUGGACUUCCUCUUUCUCCAAGCCUUGCUCCUGAUGGACACACACCCUUCCCUCCUUCACCUACCUUGCCCACCACCCAUGGAUCUCCACCCCAGCUCCACCCCCUGUUUCCUGACCCUUCCACCACCAUGCCUAACUCUACCGCCCCUCAUCCAGUCACAAUGUACCCUCAUCCCAGGAAUUUGUCUCAGGAAGCAUAGUGUGCACUGGCUCAUCUCUCAGGGACAAGCAGCUUCCCCAGGAAGGCUGAGAGGCAGCUGCAGCUGCUCUAGAUGUCCUGCUUUCACCUAAAAGGUCCUGGGGAAAGGAUGCACAGGACUGGAGAUUGUAAAAUUUUAGGAGCUAUUUUUUUUUAACCUAUCAGCAAUAUUCAUCAGAGCAGCUAGCGAUCUUUGGUCUAUUUUCGGUAUAAAUUUGAAAAUCACUAAUUCUCUA